UGAUGGUGAUGGUGAUGGUGGUGAUGAUGGUGAUGAUGGUGAUGGUGAUGAUGGUGAUGAUGAUGGUGGUGAUGGUGAUGAUGUGUCUAGAUAAGCAGGGUACAGAGCUGAGCCAGCAGUACACAGAGUGGAGUAGACAGUUGACCCAGAGACACAUGAAACACAUCGAAGACCUGCAGACGGAACUACAGACACACACAGAGAUGAUGGCCCUGCAACAGGACUUGAAGCAGCAGAAUCAGUACCAGGUGUUUGAGCGUCAGCUGGAUGAGAGUCGCUGUGCCGUUCUGGACCUACAGAGGGAGAACACUGUACUGAGGUCGGGAGAGGAGGCGAUGGGAAGAGAAAGAGAGCAGAAGGAGAGAGAGGAGGAAGCCCAACGACUGAGAGUGGAGGUGGACAGACUGAGAGAAGAGGUGGAGAAACUGGAAGAGGCUCAGAUACAACGGGAGGAACAGAAAGAAGAAGAGAUGAGAGAAGAGGAGGCGCGAAGAGAGAUGGAGGAGAAGAGGAGGGACGAGGAGAAGAGGACGGAGGAGGAGAACAGGAGAGAGGAGGUGAAGAGGAGAGAGGCCGAGGUUGAGGAGAAGAGGAAGGUGGACGAGGAGAAGAGAAGGAAGGCGGAGGAGGAGGAGAAGAGGAGGAGGAGGAGGAGGAGGAGGAGAGGAGAGAGGAAGUGAAGAGAGAGCACAGGAGAGCGAUGCAGAGUCUGGUGUGUGAAUACAGCAGCUGUCAGGCAGAGCUACAGACUCGCAUAGUGGCCCUGGAGACAGAGCUACGGGAGCGUGAGGAGAGGUGCAGGAGGAGGGAGGUUCCUCUCGGUGAUGAUCUCCAGAUGGGGAGACUACAGGAGAGACUCACUGAGAGGAACCAGCUCAUCAAACGCCUGGUGGAGGAACGACAUCAGCUGCAUCUUCAUCCUCCGGUUGCCGGGGGACAACGGAACCCUC